AUGCCCCUCCCUACGCACACACCUCCGGCAUCGCCUCUUUGUGCCACUGCAGCGCUCUGUCGCGCCACGCCACAGCCCCAUGCUGCACGGACCGACGAUGGCCUGCAACAGCGCCCAUACAAGCCAGAUUCAUGCCUCCCGUGCAUCCGGUACCGACACCGCGUCCACUCACGCCCGCGCUGCCAACGAGCCCUGGACCUCCACGCCGAGGCGCCUCCAAUCACACUGCCCGGAGCUCGGUCCUCUGUGCCCACGGCCACACGCUCCCACCUCCAAGCUACCCAGGGGAGGCCGCAGCCGAGCAGAUCCUGCCGACGGGCUUUGCCGUGGGCCCCCUCACUUUUCCCCCUUCCCCCACGGAGCCCCUCCCUAUGGUGGCUGCCUACCUCGCCUCACCCUCGCACCGACCACCCCGAUGAGCCGUCGGUCCCCAUCGGUCGCCUCGUUGCCGCCGGUCGCCUCAUCUUCACUGUGUCGUCCUCCUCUCCAUCAUCCUCACCGGAUCGCUUCCCCGUCGGCUUCCUCACACCUCCCCGACCCGAUCCCCUGCAUGCCGACCCCGAGACUAACGCUGCUGCCGGAUACGACUACCCACCUGAUGACCAACCCUUUGUCGCAGAGCAACAAGAUGAUGGAGCCCAGAAGAUGGCAUAUCCCGCCGACGACGACUGCUACCCCGACGGUGCCUAUUACUACGUGAAGGACGCUGACGACCUGGAGUAGUUCAGAAGGUUCCAAGGUAGGAGGCAUCGCCUCGUUUGAUCUUUGUAUCUUUUAUGCUAGCCUUCUCUAAGGCAUUGCCAUGGUUUACGUCUGUACUCAUAUAUUUGUUGCUUCUGCUGACUCGUGUGUUUCUCGAGCUUUUGUAUUCUAGCCUUUGAGACCCCUGGCUUGUAAUAUGAAGCUUGUAUAUCUUUCCGUGAGUCUUUAAGUUUGGUCGUAUGCAUUUGCGUGUAUGAUUAGCGUACGGUCAAAUCGAGGGUGCCAUAAUAAGAAAUGGUGAAAAGUGCAUCA